GGUGGAUCUUUCUCUCUCGUCGGCCAUCUUCUCCUCCAUCUCCGAGCCGGCGAUCCGAUCUCUGAGACGCCGACGCCGCCGCCGCCGCUAUGGGGUUCGUUUCUUUUGCGGGGAGAGUCCUCUUUGCAUCAGUCUUCCUCCUCUCCGUCUACCAGGAGUUUAUUGAGUUUGGAGUUGAUGGUGGACCAGCAGCAAAGCUUCUUGCUCCAAAGUACAAUACUUUUGUAAAUCAUAUCACCUCACACCUAGGAUUAAAAGUCCCUGAAGUUGAUAUGAAGCAUAUAGUUUCUGCAGCCAUAGCCCUGAAAGGGCUAGGUGGGCUUCUAUUCAUCUUUAGCAGUUCCUUUGGAGCGUAUCUUCUGCUGCUUUACUUGACUUUUGCGACACCCAUCUUGUUCGAUUUCUACAACUAUGAUAUUCAAAGGCCAGAAUUCGUAGAACUUUUUUCCAAGUUCACACAGAAUUUAGCCCUAUUUGGUGCGUUGCUCUUCUUCCUAGGUAUGAAGAACUCGAUUACAAAGAGGCAUUCCAAGAGGAAGGCUCCAAAAACAAAGGCAGCUUAAAGGUGGAGAAAACCAGAUGGGUGUGGCAAAAUAGUAGUGCAUUAGGAAUUUGAAUGCCUUUGUAAAAGAUUUUUCCUAGAUUCAUUCCAAGAACAUCAUUUUGUAGUUCUAAAAACUCUUUGUUGCCUUUUGUUUUCUUGAAUUCAGUCAUCUGAGUUGUCUAAUUUGAUAUCAUGGAUUGUUUUAUUAUACACUAUUUAUUUGAUCUCGAUCAAGAUAUUGCAAGUUUAAGUUGGAA